CCCUUCCUCUCUUGUCCGCCGGAAACCCUCGCCCACAUCACUUCCGUUCUCCCAGUUGGCCCGAAGACUCUUCCCCUCUCCCGGUUUCACCGAAAGCAUCUCCUUCGUGACCGAAACGAUCGCGGUACAUUCACCAUUAGUGCUAACUGGGAAAGCAGCGGCGGGAUGGCGGCGUACUGAGACCGAAACUCCCAUCUUUCUUCUCCUUCCGUACGGCUCCUACCCGAAACAAUGGAGGCAGAUGAAGGAAGGUAACUUCAUGGCUUGCUUUUCGCGCGAAUUGUCCGUCCCGAAUUUAGCCGAUUCAAGGAUUUAGUAAAUCCGGUAUUUUGGGCGGAAAUCAGUAAAAUCAGGAUUUGUGAAGUCCGCAGCUUCAUUUUGUCCAAACUGACCGUCUGGCAGGAUUUAGGAUUUAGGUUAAAUCCUGCUCAAAUCUUGCUCAUAUCCUGCUGAUUGGCUUAGGGAUCGCCGGAAUUGCAUCGGGAGAUCUGUAGAAGGCCAAGAUGGGAGAGAGGAAGGUCCUCAACAAGUAUUAUCCGCCGGAUUUCGAUCCGGCGAAAAUCCCCAGAAGGAGGCAGCUGAAAAAUCAACAAAUGAAGGUCCGCAUGAUGCUUCCCAUGAGCAUCCGCUGCGCAACUUGUGGGACUUAUAUCUACAAGGGAACAAAGUUCAACUCCCGAAAGGAAGAUGUUAUUGGGGAGACAUACUUGGGAAUUCCAAUAUUUCGCUUUUAUUUUAAAUGCACAAAAUGUUCAGCUGAGCUCACUAUAAAGACAGAUCCUCAAAAUUCAGAUUAUGUCGUUGAAUCUGGGGCUUCCCGGAAUUUUGAACCUUGGCGUGGAGAGGAAGAGGCUAUGGAAAACGAGAAAAAAAGGAGAGAGACGGAAGAGUUAGGUGAUGCCAUGAAGUCUUUGGAGAAUAGAGCGAUAGAUUCGAAGCAAGACAUGGACAUACUUUCUGCACUAGAAGAAAUGAGAUCAAUGAAGUCAAGGCAUGCAACAGUGAGUUAUGAUGUGAUGCUGGAGACCUUGAAGAGAUCAGCAUAUGAAAAGGAGAAAAAGAUUAUGGAAGAACUGGAUGCAGCAGAUGAGGAAAUUAUUAAAUCAAUAGCUUUUCAUGGUUCAAAAGACUUUGUUAGGCGAAUAAAUGAUGACGAGGAUGAUGAUAUGGAUGAUGAUUUACCUAGCUUGCCUUCCGGUGGAGUAUCAGAGCUCAACUUGAAGAGAAAAGGCAUUGUUGAAGCUUCUGAUAAUCCUACUGAUGUUUUGUCUAAAGCUAGCAUUCCCAACGAUUCAAAAGGUAGCUCAUCAGUUUCCAUCAAGCCUAAAUUUAUGUUGAAGCCUCGAUCUUCCCCAAUCAUUCAAGCCAAGAAACAAUGUGUUGAGUUUAAGGAGACUGCUAAGAUCGAAAUUGCGAACAGACAAUCAGACGAUGGAGUUGAAGACGGGCAAAAGUCGACCGAAGGUGUCGUGACGACCAAUAUCCUUCAAUCACUUUUCCAAAACUAUGGAAGUGAUGAGAGUGAAUGAUUCCUCCUGGAGGGAAAGCAUUAUUUCGAGUUGGAGCACAGUAGCUCUGUGAUUGGGCUCACAAUGUUCUACUUCGAGUUGAGGUUAUUGCAAUCAUUUUAAUUUGAGUUUAUUUAGUUCAGAUGAUCAGUAGAGUGCAGGAAUUAUAUAUAUAUAUAUAUAUAUUUUUUGUUGCUUGAAAUGGGCCUUGAUUCUAAAAAGCAUGAGAGUUUUAGAGGCUGUUUUGUUUGUUGAAAAAGAGAUGCGGUAUAAAUGUAAAUUCAGUAUAAAUAGAAUUCGGUGUAAUUGAAAUGUGAUUUAUUUGAAAUAUUUUGAUGUUUUUC